ACUUUCUUUUCAUCCAACCCUUCAAUUGAAACCUGUUCCUAAUCAUCAUCGUCGUCAUCAAGUUUCAUUAAAUUUAUUUUUUCAAAUCAUUUCAAGGUAUUGAGUUUAGUUUGAAUUAGUCGACAAUUAAAGUGACAAUCAAGUGGAUUAUUUGAAAUAGUGUUUAAGUUUUAUCGAUUGUGAUUAGUUAGUAAUGGAAACAGUUAUCGAACAAGAUAAAUGGCGGGAAGUGGCUUCAUCCGAUUGCAAAUUAUUAUCCUCAUCAACGAUAAUUGAUAUUUCGAAUGGUUUAAAUGAAGGUAAUUUAAUUAACAGCAAUCAAACACCACAAUCAACAGUGACCACUGAAUAUGGUAAACAAUUAACGUACAGAUUUAAAUCACAAAAUGCCUUCACAAACUCUGCCGAUGUUUAUACAAAUUUGAAUACUUUUAAUAAUCAAUCGACAUUUAAUACCAAUCACCACAAUCACAACCAUAGUCACACUAGUGGGAAUACUAAUACGAAUAACAAUAAUAGUGGAGGAAAUGGAAAUGGAAUAAAAAGUAAAUCGUCGAAAAUAUUUCCUGGUCGAAUUCGAAAACGAGUAGUUCUAAAAAAUGGUUCGGUAAAUUUAUCGAAAGAAAGAGUCGAAAAGCGAUCACAAAGAUAUUUACAAGAUACUUUUACGACGAUGGUGGACAUUCAAUGGCGAUGGAAUCUGUUGGUGUUUAGUAUGGGGUUUCUAUUGAGUUGGUUGGGAUUCGCUGUGAUUUGGUAUUUGAUUGCUUAUGCUCAUGGAGAUAUGGACGGAGUUAUACCGGGUGGAGGUGGUGGAGGAGGUGGUGGAAGUGGAAGUGGAGAUAAACCAAAGUGUGUAAAUGGAGUUGAAUCUUUUGCAACUGCUUUUCUUUUCUCUAUUGAGACUCAACAUACAAUCGGAUAUGGAAGUCGUUACACUAACGAGGAAUGUCCUGAGGCGAUUUUCGUUAUGUGUGUCCAAUCGAUAACUGGAGUUAUGAUUCAAUGUUUUGUGGUUGGUUUUGUUUUCGCUAAAUUAUCUCGACCCAAGAAAAGAUCUCAAACGUUAAUGUUCAGUCGAAAUGCUUGUAUUUGUCUUCGAGAUGGAAAAUUGUGUCUAAUGUUUAGACUUGGUGAUGUUCGUAAUCGAUCUCAUAUUAUCGGUGCUUCCAUUUCAGCUUUGGUUAUAGAUCGUAAGGUGACAUCGGAAGGAGAAGUGGUUCCUUAUUAUCAUAAUCGAGUUGAGGUUAAAUUUGACAAUAGUGAUUCUAAUGUUUUCCUUGUUUGGCCUGCGACCAUUGUGCAUGAAGUAGAUUCGAGUUCUCCUUUUUAUUCAAUGUCGGCUGAUAGUUUGGUUCGAGAACGUUUUGAGAUUGUUGUUAUUCUGGAGGGAACAAUUGAAUCAACAGGUCAAUCGAUUCAAGCUCGAACUUCUUACCUUCCCUGUGAAAUAUUGUGGGGCCAUCGAUUUGAACAGAUGAUUGGUUAUCGUAAAGAUACUGGACAAUAUCGAGUCGAUUAUUCAAAAUUCAACAACACUUAUGAAAUCGAUACACCAACAUCAUCAGCUAAAGAUUAUUAUGAAUCAUUAAAAUAUAUUCAAGAUAAAUUGAGUCCCAACUCUUUCCUACCAACUGAUCAUCACCAAAUCAUCAAUGAUCACAAAACAAUCAAGGAUCACAAACAAAUACAAUUAACUAAACAUUUGAAAACUUCUUCGAGUCUUAGUUUGUUUCAAUUUCGAUUGCCAAUUCGACUUCCUUCAUAUGCUAAAUCACUUGUAAAAUAUGAUUCAAGUUAAUUGUCGCUAAUCAUUAGCACUAUUUAUUUAUCAUGUAAACACCUCAAUCAAUACUUGAAUUAAACUUAAUAGACAAUCAACUGAUUAUCAACUGAUUGUUUGAAGAGCUCAUAUAGUCAUUUUGUCAAUUAUCAACUCUUAUUUUUUUUAUCAAUCAAUGUAAUAAAUUAAGUCUCUUAAUUA